AUGAACACAAAUUUAACACAUUUCAUUUUAUAGGGCCCUUUUAAUGAUUUAAAAGUUUUAAUGUCAUUUAUAAGGCGCAAAUAAAUGCAGAAAUCACGACGCUUUGCAUUUCCUAAGGCGUAAACUUAAAAGCUUUUCCAUUUUUGAACUUGAUUGCUUCCUGAUUUAUAACUUGUAACACAAGUGGUCAGAGCAUACAAUUAAAUAAAUAGUAUAGAAAAAUUCAAUCUCACAUUUUUUAACAGGAAAAAAAAAAUUGAUUAUUUAUACUUUUUAUCUAUAUUUUUGAAAAAUUAAAUGCUACCAAUAAGAAAUUCAAGUGAAAUGUCUCAAGAAGGUCAUGGAAGUGACGGUGACGUUGAAAUGGGUUUAAACACUGAUCAAGUAACAACUGAAGUAUUCACUGGUCGAACAGACAAGACAUAUUCAAUUGAGGAGAUUAAUAAAAUUUGCAACGAAAAAGCUCAAGAAGCCAAAACUGCUGCGGAAAAGACGAUAGAAAUGAUUGAAGCAGAUCGUAAAAAGAAAUUAGAAAAAAUUAGUCAACUUCGGACCGAACUUACUAAUACAAUUAAUGAUGCAAAUAUCAAGAUUAAUAAAAUAUACGAAGAUUUGAAAAAAAUUUAGCGAUUGUCAGGAAUUUAUAUUAUUAUUUUAUAGACUGAAAGCAUAAUAUUUUGAAAUUUAUUUUAGUUCAUAUAGAUUUAUUUGAGUUAGUAAUUAAGUUUAAAUAAAAAUUAAUUUAAAUUCUUUAUUUCUUUUCUUUUAAUCUCUAAAGUUUAGACCUUUAAUAAAAUGAAGUUUUUAUUUUAUG